GGAAAAGCGUGAAUAACAAGAGACAGGGGGGGUAUUAACUGUUACCAACUCAGCCGUACACACAACACAACUCACCUCCCUCCCCCUCGGCAAACACGCACCCCCUUUUCUAUCUUUUUCCAACCCUUUUCCAUUUCCACCUCCCCUCUCUGUUACACAAACAACACAUCCCCUACUCUCUCUCCCCGGGUUUAUCGGCACCAAUCUAGAGAGAAACACAGCGAAAUCAAUGGGACAGCAAUCGCUCAUCUACAGUUUCGUAGCAAGAGGAACGGUGAUUCUAUCGGAAUACACCGAAUUCACCGGCAAUUUCACCAGCAUCGCUUCUCAGUGUCUCCAGAAGCUUCCUUCUACUAACAACAAGUUCACUUACACAUGUGAUGGACACACUUUUAACUAUCUCGUCGAAGACGGCUUCACAUUUUGUGUUGUUGCUGUUGAAUCUGCUGGUCGACAGCUGCCUAUGGCUUUCCUUGAAAGAAUCAAGGAAGAUUUUACCAAGAGAUAUGGUGGGGGCAAAGCCGCAACAGCUGUUGCAAAUAGUCUAAACAAAGAGUUCGGUCCGAAGCAGAAAGAGCAGAUGCAGUAUUGUGUGGAUCAUCCAGACGAGAUCAGUAAGCUUGCAAAGGUGAAGGCCCAAGUUUCAGAGGUCAAAGGAGUAAUGAUGGAAAAUAUUGAGAAGGUCCUUGAUCGUGGCGAGAAGAUUGAGCUCCUGGUGGACAAAACUGAGAAUCUUCGCUCGCAGGCACAAGAUUUCAGGACACAAGGAACACAGAUGAGGAGGAAGAUGUGGUUGCAGAAUAUGAAGAUAAAGCUGAUAGUUCUUGGGAUCAUUAUUGCUCUAAUUCUUAUCAUAGUUCUCUCAGUAUGCAGUAACCACAACUGCUCGAAGUGAUUGGUUCCUAUGUGCUUGGUCGUUAACCAAAUCCUUGAACAUCUUGCUGCUUAUUUUGGUGGCCUGAUUUUGUGCUGUGUACUAUAACUAAAAUUGCGACAGUGUGUAUACUUGUAUUUGGAUUUUCCUAUCUGGUGAUAUAGUAGGUGUCUUUUCCAA